AAACAUUACAGAGGGAAAAGGUACAGCUGCAGAGAUGUAUAAAGUGGACAUUCAGACAGAUCUAAAAGAGGUGGCUGCCAUUGAAGCCCGCAGGAACCGGGAGAAGCAAAGACAGAGCCGCAUCUUUAACGCUCGCUUCCGCACCAUGGGGGUGGACGUGGAAGGCUUGAAAAACCAAGUAGAAGAGCGAAAUCUGAGAGACAAUGCAGAGAAGCGACGGGAUGAAGCUUUUGAUGCAGACAUGGUGCAGUGUGACAAGAUUGCCCAGAUGUUGGAGGAAGAGGAGCGCCAACGGAAAAAGCAGCUGCAGCAGGCCGUCGUGGAGUUCCGUGAGCGGGAGCAGCAGCCCUCCACGCGUCGGGAGUGGGACAUCCACGACCCGGAGGCGGUGCGCAAGGGGCACCCAGCCCGCGUGAGCGAUGACGACCCGCGCUGCGGCCCCUCUAGCAUGCAGCGCUUUGCCGGAGAGGACCUCCGUGCGCCUGCCCGGCUCAGACUGCAGAAGGAACAGAACAAGCGUGUCCUGGAGGAGCAGAGAACCGAACGGGAAAAGGACCUCGCGGACCGGAAAUAUGCAGAUACCCUGGAAGACAAAAAGAGGAUAGAACUGGACCUGCGAGCCCUGGAGUUGGCCCGUCUGGAGGAGGAAUGUCGCAAGGCCAAAGCCAUGGCAACGGCUGACUUUAAUCGAGCCCAGGCCGCAGAGGUUGCUGAGCAGCAGCGUCUCGCCCAGCAGCGGGAACAAGACGAUAACUACACAGAGAUCCACAACCACCUGACCGGCGAUAUCCUGACCGAAAACCCUGACAUCGCCAAUAGCUUGGUGGGCCCACACCGUGUGAUCCCCUACCGCUGGAAGGGGAUGACCCUUGAGCAGAUGGAAGCGGUGUGGAAAACGCAAGCAGAGCAGUGCAAGGAGAACCAGAGGCUGCGGGAAGCAGAGCGGCAGCGAGAUGCCGAGUGGGACCGGCAGCGGCACUUGGCCGCCCGCGCUGCCUUGGAGCUGGAAGAGCAGGAACAGAAUUUCCGCCUGCAGCUGAGGAAGAGCCUGGACGCCUACAACCGGGAGCUGGCAGAUGCACAGAAGUCCAACUUACAGUAUCUGGAGAAAGAGGUCUACACCAACGCACCCACAGCUCAGUACCACUUGCAGUUCAACACCAGCAGCCGCUGA